AGCUUGUUUUCCUAUUUAUUUCUCACGCGUGCUGAUGUAGCGUCUCUUGGGCUACUCUGAGAAGAAUGAGACAUGCAGGCCUCCUUCUUUGGGACCUGAUUUCCAGUGGAGGAGGAAGCCCCCCACCCGGGAUCGUCGGGAGGAUGGAGCGCCGCGCGGAGAGCGACCGUCCGUCUCCAAGGUGCGGCCCGAGGUGGGCGCGCGGCGCCGGCUCCGGGCGCCGAGGCCGCCGACUUCUCCCCGCGCCUUCCGGACCCCGCGCGCCCGGGCCAGCCCGGGCCUUGGAGCGACGGAGGCAGCGGCGCUGGGGACAGCAGGGCCCGGCGCGGGCACCGCAGGGUCGAGGCCUCCCGGGUCACGCGGGGCCCCGCGGACGCAGCGCAGCGCGGAAGCUCGCGGCUCCAGCUGGAAGCUGUGUCCUCGCGCCCCCUCCGCCCGCCACGUGUCUCCCAGCCUCUCCCGCCAGGGUGAGGACGAUCCCGGCCGUCGGUCAUCUGCACCUAAAUGUGAGCGAGGGAGUGGGCGGGGCGGGGAGCGCCGGGCUGGGCGCGCAAGGCCUGGGUUGGUCCCGGCGCAGGAAAAGACAAAUUAUUGAAACAAAAUGGCCAUGCUGAUUUGAGAAGGAAUUUCUCAUCCCAAAGUGAGUGGGAUUUUUUUUUUGUUGUUGUUGUUGUCAAAUGUUCUUUUUGUGGCAAAAAACUGCCAAAGUAUUUCCCUGUCCAAUUAAAGUUGAAGAAACUAUGUAUUUCGAGAAACUAUAUUUAGGGUAUUGUCUGUUCCUUUGAGAAGUUUGUCAUAAUUGUUUGAUUUUCUUUUCUAGCUUAGACAAGGAGGAAGAUUAAGUUUUUUGUAAUAAUAUUGUGUUCAAUUAUGUUUCAAAAACAAAUAAAAUUGAAGCAUUAUAUGUCACAACUAAAA